GUGUUUAUUCUUUUUGAUCCAUUUAUUUUCUUCAAAUCAUAAGCUACUCAAGCUACAAAAUUUUGGUAUAGAUAUUACCCUUUUUUACCAUUACAUUUCUUUAUGACUGAUGUCAAUGCCUUUCGGGACUACCAAGCGCGUUCCAUCUUUCUCACCGAGCGCGAACGCGUUCUUGAGGCACGUCGUGCCCUUCUUCAGGAACUUCAGCAGAGUGUAAAUGCGCUUGAGUUGGAAAACAAUUCUCGUGAGGAGCAACUCCGAGGUGAGCGCCUUCGCUAUGCCCAACGAAAAAGUAUUCAGGAUGAGAAGUUAAGGGCCAAGGAUACCCAGAUUCGCUUGCAGCAUGAACGUCUUCAACAAUUUGUGUUGGAGGAGGAGCGUUUGCAGACUGCUUUGCAGAACUGUGAGGAAAAUAUUCAGGCUGCCACCAAUGAGCUGGAACGCCGAAAGGAGUUAGAAAUAAAACUGCUGGAGAUUAAGGGAAGCCUAACUCAGGUGAAGUUACGGCUCGAAGAGAGUGAAGAGAACUUAAUGAAGCUUGAGAGUCGCAUGGCGCGACAGGAGAUGAUGACGGAGAAGCGCCAUGCAGCGGUUGCGGAUCGCGUGCCCAGGUUCUGCCUGCCCCGCAUUGGUGACAAUGAAAAGGGAUUAGGAGUCGAGGAUAUGGCGGGGGAUAGUAUUCUCCUGGUUGAUGAAACACUUUGA